CUCCCACCCUUGCUCCGAGGUUGUACCUCCGGCUGGCCGGCAGAGCAGACGUGUCUCUCUCUCUCUCUCUCUCUGGUCAUUGUCAGUCCACCCUGACCCCUGCCCUCGCUCCAUGGUGACACGCAGGCCGGUGACAUGAGGUUGGCCCAUGCUCUGCUCCCCCUGCUGCUGCAGGGCUGCUGGACCGCUGCGCAGGACCUCCCGCUAGCUGAGAGGGCCAUCGCCUUCCAAGACUGCCCGGUGGACCUCUUCUUCGUGCUGGACACGUCCGAGAGCGUGGCCUUGAGGCUGAAACCCUAUGGCGCCCUGGUGGAUAAGGUCAAGUCCUUCACGAAGCGCUUCAUCGACAACCUGAAGGACAGGUACUACCGCUGUGACCGCAACCUGGUGUGGAACGCGGGCGCGCUGCACUACAGCGACGAGGUGGAGAUCAUCCGCGGGCUCACGCGCAUGCCUGGCGGCCGCGACGCGCUCAAGACCAGCGUGGACGCGGUCAAGUACUUCGGCAAGGGCACCUACACGGACUGCGCCAUCAAGAAGGGCUUGGAGGAGCUGCUCGUGGGGGGCUCACACCUGAAGGAGAACAAGUACCUGAUUGUGGUGACCGACGGGCACCCCCUGGAGGGCUACAAGGAGCCGUGCGGGGGCCUGGAGGACGCCGUGAGCGAGGCCAAGCACCUGGGCAUCAAGGUCUUCUCGGUGGCCAUCACGCCUGACCACCUGGAGCCACGACUGAGCAUCAUCGCCACGGACCACACCUACCGGCGCAACUUCACGGCGGCCGACUGGGGGCAGAGCCAAGACGCGGAGCAGGUCAUCAGCCAGACCAUCGACACCAUCACCGACAUGAUUAAAAAUAAUGUGGAGCAAGUGUGCUGCACCUUCGAGUGCCAGCCCGCCAGAGGACCUCCCGGACCAAGGGGCGACCCCGGGUACGAGGGAGAGCGAGGGAAGCCGGGCCUCCCAGGAGAGAAAGGAGAAGCCGGAGACCCUGGAAGGCCCGGGGACCUGGGACCUGUCGGCUACCAAGGGAUGAAGGGAGAAAAAGGGAGCCGAGGGGAGAAGGGCUCCAGGGGCUCCAAGGGCUACAAGGGAGAAAAGGGCAAGCGUGGCAUUGACGGCGUCGAUGGCAUGAAGGGGGAAACGGGGUUCCCCGGCCUGCCAGGCUGCAAGGGCUCGCCUGGAUUCGACGGCAUCCAAGGCCCCCCUGGGCCCAAGGGCGACAUGGGCGCGUUCGGACUGAAGGGAGAGAAGAGAUGGAGCAGGCCAGCAAGUGGGGUCAGCAGGGCCGGGGGGGCAGACAGGGUCCCGUGUGACAUGUCCAUUUCUCUGCAGGGUGACGCGGGCCCCCCUGGACCUAAAGGGUACCGAGGUGACCAGGGGCCCCCAGGGCUCGAGGGUGCCAGAGGCGCCCCAGGGCCCACAGGACCCCCCGGAGACCCCGGGCUGAUGGGCGAAAGGGGUGAAGACGGACCCCCCGGAAAUGGCACCGAGGGCUUCCCCGGCUUCCCCGGCUAUCCGGGCAGCAGGGGCCCUCCUGGGAUAAACGGCACUAAAGGCUACCCCGGCCUCAAGGGAGACGAGGGAGAAGCCGGGGACCCUGGAGAGGACAACAAUGACAUUUCACCCCCUGGGGUCAAAGGUGCAAAGGGGUAUCGGGGACCCGAAGGCCCCCAGGGUCCCCCAGGACACACGGGACCACCAGGACCGGACGAAUGCGAGAUUUUGGACAUCAUCAUGAAAAUGUGCUCUUGCUGUGAGUGCAAGUGCGGCCCCAUCGACAUCCUCUUCGUGCUGGACAGCUCCGAGAGCAUCGGGCUGCAGAACUUCGAGAUCGCCAAGGACUUCAUCAUCAAGGUCAUCGACCGGCUGAGCCGGGACGAGCUCGUCAAGUUCGAGCCCGGGCAGUCACAUGCGGGCGUGGUGCAGUACAGCCAUAACCAGAUGCAGGAGCACGUGGACAUGAGGGGCCCCAACAUCAGGAACGCCCAGGAGCUCAAGGCAGCCAUCAAGAAGCUGCAGUGGAUGGCGGGCGGCACGUUCACAGGCGAGGCCCUGCAGUACACCCGGGACCGGCUCCUACCACCCACGCAGAACAACCGGAUCGCCCUGGUCAUCACAGAUGGCCGCUCGGACACCCAGAGGGACACCACCCCACUCAACGUGCUCUGCGGCCCUAACAUCCAGGUGGUCUCUGUGGGCAUCAAGGACGUGUUCGGCUUCGUUGCGGGCUCGGACCAGCUCAAUGUCAUCUCCUGCCAAGGCCUGGCACCCCAGGGCCAGCCAGGCAUCUCGCUCGUCAAGGAGAACUACGCGGAACUGCUGGAGGAUGCUUUCCUGAAGAACAUCACCACCCAGAUCUGCAUAGACAGAAAGCCCCGUGAGGAGAGCUGUCCCUCCUGCUUUUCAGCAGCAGCAGACCCGACGCUGUUGUCGGACUGGCAGGGGGCACUUCCAUCUCGGGCUUCAGUGAUCUCCUANCGCUUCGCCAAGCGGCUGGCCGAGCGCUUCCUGGCGGCCGGCCGCGCGGACCCCGCGCAGGACGUGCGCGUGGCCGUGGCGCAGUACAGCGGGCGCGGCCAGCAGCGGCCCGAGCGCGCCGCGCUGCGCUUCCUGCAGAACUACACGGUGCUGGCGGGCGCGCUGGACGCCAUGGACUUCCUCAACGACGCCACCGACGUGGCCGACGCGCUCGGCUACGCCACGCGCUUCUACCGCGAGGCCUCGUCGCGCGCGGCCGCCAAGCGGCUGCUGCUCUUCUCCGACGGCCACUCGCAGGGCGCCACGGCGGCCGCGCUGGAGAAGGCGGCGCAGGAGGCGCAGCAGGCCGGCGUCGAGGUCUUCGUGCUGGCGGUCGGCCGCCAGGUGAACGAGCCGCACGUCCGCGUCCUGGUCACGGGCAAGGCGGCCGAGUACGACGCGGCGUUCGGUGAGCGCCGCCUGUUCCGCGUGCCCAGCUACCAGGCGCUGCUGCGCGGCGUCUUCUACCAGACGGUGUCCAGGAAGGUGGCGCAGGGCUAGCGCGCCCCUGGACGGAGGAGCGGGGGACCUGCGCCUUCCGGACCCACCCGGGUAGCUAGGUGGUUGUUUUUUUUUAAGGAAAAGCUUGAAAAGUCGCCAUGUGUUUUGCCCACCCUGCAAGUGGGGUGUCGGCGCCCAGCCCUGGGAUUGCAUCCCCCCUUGCACAGCUGAACCCCCGUCUUACACCCUGAUUAAGAUCGGAACCUCCCCCAGGCCCCCGAAGCUUCGUUUCUCUUUCCUUUCUGGGUGUCAGUCGUGCACUGUCCCCCUCUCCCUGCCCAGUCCCCGCACUAACCCUGCAGAAUCCUUCACUUAGCGUUUCAUUUACACACACAGUCGAAGUUAAUUCAUGUGAGGUGCUGGACUAUGUUUCGUUUCUGGAAAGCCAAGAUUAAAAGGAUUUCUUAAACACAAACCCUGUGAGUCGACACCUUCUUACGAGGGUCUGGUCACUCACAGCCUCGGUGGAGAGCGCAGGGCAAUGCACGACUGUGAACAGCAUCUCCAGGGAACAGCAGAAAAUGGUGUCUCCUACCGCCCCUCUCGUGUCCUCGUGUCCUCGCAAACCCCGAGAACAAAGGUGCUAUCCUGUCGACCCCCACCCGUCUACAAAGUGGCCUUGACACCUGGGCCAUCUGGUGGCACAAAGUGAUGUGUUUUCUUAAAAACAAGCCAAAGCUCUUCUUCCUCAAGGAAGAGAGGUCGGUUCUGCAUUUCACUGAAGACCUUGUUAAGUUUUUUUACUCCCUGUGUUUUUCCUCAACCAUGUCCAUGUCAGCAAAUUUUCCAAAUAAAGGUUUUCACUCUUC